AUGGACGCGUUUGUAUCGCAAAAGAGGAAGCGGGUUGAGGUCACACAAAGCGUUGCACCGCCACAGGUCACACCUCCUCAGCGCAGUUCAACACCAGAGCAGGAAGAAGAGUCUACAGACAUCAAACUAGCUUUGCUGGCUUCUCUACACCCAGCUGUCGACGAGGCGACUCUUCUUGAAGCGCUUCUCGCCUCGGAUGGACAUGUGGAUCAAGCUUCUGCUUCCAUAACGCAAAGCACGCUUGCAUCCCCAAGGAAACGAAGUGCAAAUGCCGCCAUAGGAUACCAGUCCUCACUUUCACUGUACCGUCUGAACUCUGAAGGUGGUGGGCCGGCAAAAAAGCCUUUAGUAAAGAAGGGCAAGACGCUCUGCUUGUUCAGCCCGGAAGAUAUCGAGCAGCAUACGCCGUGCUCCAUCAUCCACAACUUCCUGCCUCCUCAGCAAGCAAACGCAUUGUUACAACAGCUGAUCGACGAGACACCGACAUACCAGCGUCUUGAGUUCAAGCUGUUUGAUAGGGUCGUUACUAGCUCUAGCACGUUUAGCUUCUAUGUAAACUCUCUCGCAGAAGCGGAGGAGCAAAAGACUGAGUACAUCUAUGAUGGUCGCAAGGUUGAGAACGUACAGCAAAGCCUCCCUGAGAUGCUUCGCGCAGUUCCUCAAGUUGAGGCUACCGUCAAUCGCGAGAUUGAACGAAGAAUACGAGACUUCUAUCCCUGCAGCAAGAAGCUGAAGUACCAAUCGCCUCAUCCAUGGAAAGCCAAUACUGCAUUUGUAAACUGCUACGACGGCCCACAAGAACACGUCGGAUACCACGCCGAUCAACUCACCUAUCUCGGCCCGCGCGCAGUCAUCGGUAGCUUGAGUCUUGGAGUGGCGCGAGAAUUCCGCGUGCGCAGAAUCCAUGCCGAAGACGACAAGUACCGAAAGGACGAUGGCUCUCUGGCCGACGCUCAAGGCCAGAUCUCGAUUCAUCUACCGCACAACUCGCUCCUCGUUAUGCAUGCCGAGAUGCAGGAAGAAUGGAAACACUCCAUCGCGCCGGCGCAAGCUAUCGAUCCUCACCCACUUGCGAAGAACAAGCGGCUCAACAUCACUUAUCGGUUCUACAAGGACAGUCUGCACCCUAGGUACACGCCAGAGUGUAGAUGCGGUGUACCUACUGUCCUAAGAUGUGCGACAAGGAAGAAAAAGUCGAGAGGGCGGUACAUGUGGAUGUGCCACACCAACUACGUUCCUGGCCAAGACGGGUGCUCUUUCUUCCAGUGGGCCGAGUUCGACGAUGAUGGAGAGCCCCCAUGGGCUGCAAGGGCAAGGGCUGAUCAGGAGAAGCUGGCCAAAGACAGACAAUCACCGCCGAAUGACGGCAGUGCAGAGAACACAUGA